AUUCCAGCAAAAGAAAUUGAUGUUGGAUAUGAUGAUGAGAGAGACCAAGAGUGUCCAGACGAAACACAAGGUUACUCUUAUGCAGAACAGAAUUUAGAGGAAGGCCCAAAAGACCAAGUUGGUGAUGCUGGAAGUGGGUGUUAUAUAGAACAGGAAGUUGUUGAGGAACAGCAGGGGAUACCUGUAGAUCAAGUAGAUCCAUACAGUAUAGACAGGGUAGAUCAUGUUAAGGAGGAUGACUUUGAGACUGAAGAAGAUACUACCCAGGAAAGUCUGAAUCUUGAUCCACAAAAAGCAGCCACAGGAACAGCUGAAGCGACAGAUGCAAAAGGUGACCUUCUACAACAAAACCCACCUAAAUCAACAAUUCGGAACAGCAGAUGGUAAUGUUGAGCAGGUUAUUGAAAAGGAAAGUGAUGAUGGAGAACAACAUCUAAAUCUUCAAGACGCAGUAGAAGGAACAGCACUAGCAACGGUAGUGACAGGUGAUCAUCCAGAUACGCAAGAAGUAAUGACACAUGAUACUGCAGAACAGGUUAUUGGAAAGGAAAAGGAAACUGAAGAAGAACAUCUAAAUGCCAAAGAAGUGUCUGUAGUGGACCAUAUAGAAGAGAAGGAUUCCGGUACAGAAAAGGAAACUGUCCAUGAUCAUUUAGAACAUUUGGAAGCAGAAAUAACUGAUAACAUUAAACAGGAAUGUACGGAUAAAGAAGAGGAUCUACCAAAGGAUAAUGUAGAUUCAUCUGAAGCGGCUCCUGAUAAUUUAGAAAAGCCUCAUUUUAAAAGUGAGGGGGAACCCCAAGAGGGUUUAGUUGAUUCUUAUGAAACCACAAAAAUAGAUACUCCAGAGCAAAAAGAAAUUGAAAAAGAAAGAGAAAUUACUAAAGCAUACCAAGAUCCUUAUGAUGUUACUGAUGCUAAUCAGCAAGUAACAACUACACUACAAGGGCCUGCGGAAACCAGUGGAGAUCUAUACCUGUCAGAACAAGCUCUUUAUGGUGUAACAAAUAGUGAUCAAGACCUUCAUGAUGUUACUGUUGCUAAUCAGGCAGUAACAACUUCAUUGCAACAAGAACCCAUACAAACCAGUGGAGAUCCAGGACUAAAUGAGAACGAAGAGGUACAAGCACCUGCGGAAGUCUACCAGGAUUACGCACAAGGGAGCGUUGAAGCAGCCCUUACAAAUGAACAAGAAGUUCAUGUAGAUGAGAAGGAUUUAGAUAAAGAGAGUGCACAAGAAUACCCAUUAGAGAAAGAAGAUCAUGUUGAAAAGGUGAAAGAAGAUAUCACACAUCUCAGCGAAGUAGAACAUCAAAGUGAAGUGAUUGACAUAGGGAAAGAUUCAGAAAAUCAAGAAAUGGAGCAAAUGGAAGGUGCUCCACAUGACCCACAGGGCAAUGUGUCCCUAACAGAACCUACAUUUACACAGAAAUCAAUGCUUUCUGAAGAGCAAGUUGAAAGAGAAGUUAUAGGAUUAGAGAACCAAGUAGAGGCUGAAGAAGAACAAGAACCAGAAGAGCUCCUAGACCCAUAUGCCCCUGAAAAUGCUGAUAUGGCUGAAUCAGCAGUCACAUCACAUUCUGAAGAUUCAGAACUGCUUGGAGACCAGCCAGCUCAACAAAGCAUUAUUCCACAAGAAUAUAAUGAUACAUCAUUAAUAGGAGCAGAAGUUGGUACCAAAGAGACUGGAUUCGGAUCUUCGGAAAUGACUCCAUCUGAGGAUAAGGAUAUAGCAGAUAAACAUGAAAUGCUUCAAGAUGAUGUUGACUUUGCUAAAAACCUAGGUAACCAGGCAGAGGGUGAUAAUAUGCAAUUAGAAAUGCCAGUGGACCCGAUUGAUGCUGUGUUUAAGGCAAAUUCACAAGAAAAUCUGUUGGGGCUUGAUCCUGAAGCUGCAGUUUGUGAAACAAAGCAAGAUGAGCCACCUUCUGAAAACUUAGAACCAGUACUUGAGGGUGAUCAACAAGUCACCACAUCACAGUUUUUAGAACAGACUGAUGAGGCAACUGUGCUGAGUGAAGAAGCUCAGCCAAGAGUGGUCCAUGAACCAAUUAAUUUUCCUUCAAAUGAGAGGGAAGAUGUCCACGUUGAUCUUUCAAAUGUUCAGGAUACUGUUGUGUCUACUACAGUUGAUGCAGAGUCUUUCCAAAGUGGAAGUGCUAUAGAGUCGUCAGAUCCACUUGUAUCUCGAGGUCUUUCAGAAGUUGAUAUUGAGCCUUCCCAGCAAAGUGCUGAAGAAACUUCCAUCCAAGAUGUUCCUGACAAUGUCCAAGAGAGUGGUGGUGAAUGUCAAGAAGAAAUAAUAGGAGCUGACAAAUCUGCAGAACAACAAGUACACUCCAGUAGAAGUGAAGAAGAGUAUAAAAAUGAAACACCAGAGCCCACUUCUCAGGGUAAAGCAGCCAAUUUGCCACUCCUGGACUUGGGUGAUGGUCCUGUGCAGAGUUUAUCCAUUGCAGAUGCUGACCAAUCUCCAGGCCAACGAUCAUUUGAAGGAUCUUUCUCUCCCAUUGAGGAUAAUGUUGCAGUAUCCUUGGCCUUAGAGGAUCAGUCUCAUGUGGUAGAAAGUAAGGAUCAGGAAGAAAGUGAUGACGAUGCUCAUACUGAGACCACAGAGGUAGAAACAGAAGUGCAUGAAGACAAGGUUGAACAAGAAAUUCAACAUGAGGAAGAAUCAACAUACAAUACUCUUAAAGAAGUGCCUACUGAAGCUGGUGGAUCUGAAGAAGUAUCCUAUGACAAAAUCUUAGAUGAAGGAAAGGAUGCUAGUGAAGCUACCGAAUCUCAAAUGACUAGUUCCAAUAUAGAUAAUGAUGGCCUUGUCCCAGAUCAUGCAGAAAUCUCACCUGAAAAUCCUGAUACUAUGCAAACAAAGGUGGAGACAUAUUUAGAUGAUAAUGAAAAAACAAGUGAGGAAUACAACCAGGACCAUCACCCUCAGCUACCAGAAGACUCCAUGGUUAGGGUUGAUGUUGGAGUCGAGGAAAGUAUGAACAUCUCUGCUGCGGCGGGAGCUUCCCAAGAAGUAUCUCCCGAGGUUGGUGAGCAAGACACACCAGACAUAGUAAUGCAGGAAUAUUCAGAAGAGGUGGAAGCUGAGCAAAUGUCACAUGCUAUCCCAGAUGUUUCCACAGAUGCUACACUGCAGAACACUGCUGAUAAACUACUCGGAGAGCCAGAAGAGGCUGAUACACUUAUUUUGGAAAGAUCCAGAGGAAGUGCUACACCUCCUAACACACCUGAAGUAGUAUCAUCCUCUCCUCCGGAAAUGAUUACAGAACCUCAUCAGGACUUGGUUCAGGAGCCUAUUCAAAGAGAACAUGAAGCAGUUGGUGAUCAGAUAACUUCUGAAGCUGAGCAGCUUGCACUCUAUGAUGACCAGGUAGUUCAAUCGGAACAAAAGCAAGAACCUCCAGCAGAAGAACCUAUUCAACAAGUAGAUGAAGACGUUAAAGAAAUGGCACCAGAGGAACACCCUCCUGCUGCUUCCACAAGUGAAGAAAAGCAAUCUUCCACGGAAGUCACUGCACCAACUAUUCCCUUAAGCGUACAGACUCCAGAGGUACCGAAAGCUACACCUGCACAUGUUCAAGCCAAGGAAGGAGAUAUGAAAUCCAGUCCAGCUAAGCAAAAGAAAUCUAAAGCUCCGACUGGUGUCAGAUCACCAUCUAAAAAGACCAUCCCAUCUGCAGCACCAAAAUCAAAAUCGGCUGGUAAACCAAAGGGAUCUGAGACACCAAAGAAAACAGCAGCUCCUUCAAGAUCACAACCAAAAGCAACUGCUCCAGCAAAUCAAAAGGAAACUACAAAAGCACCAUCAAAGUCCCCAGCAAAGACACCUUCAAGAACACCAACAAAGGUACCAGCAGCUAAGGCACCAGUAAAGGCUUCUCCUAAGGUCUCAGCAUCUUCUCCAGCAAGACCCACAUCAGCCAAAAAGACUCCAGGACAAGCUUCUGUUGGUGUCACACAUACAAGACCGAAAACAGUUCCUCCACAGGUGGAUUCAAAGCUUAGUGAGAGUAAACCAAAGCAAGAUAAGGUCAAGAUGUCGGGAGUGAAGCAGAAGACAGUUACUACGGUGACCAAGACUACACAUACAGAAGUAAAAUCUGCAAAGUCAUCACCGAGAAAAUCAGCUGAUGGGGAUUCUCCGCGAGUCAGGCAUUCUCCAGGGCGGAAUGGUGUCGCAUCAAAGAUAGGCUCUCUAGACAACAGCAGGCAUUCACCUGGAGGAGGAAACGUGAAGAUUCAGUCAGAGAAAGUCAACUACAGCAAGGUGCAGUCAAGAUGUGGUUCCCUUGGCAACGCAACUCACAAAGCAGGUGGUGGAAAUGUCAAGAUCUUUGAUGAGAAGGUUGACUUUAGAACUCGCGCCAACAGCCGAGUUGGUUCGCUGGAUAAUGCCCACCACUCUCCUGGGGGUGGGAACGUUCAGAUCCUCCAUGACCCUGUCACAUUCUCCAAAUCCACCAGUAGAGUUGGUUCCUUGGAGAAUGCCCAUCACUCACCCCAUGGGGGUAAAGUCAAGAUUCUGCAUGAUCCUGUUGCUUUUCCCAAGUCGUCUGUAUCCAGUAAAAUUGGAUCCCUGGACAAUGCCCAGCAUUCCCCUGGAGGGGGUAACGUCAAGAUUGCGAGUUCUUCCGUGGAUUUCAGCAAAAAGGCAAAAAGUAAAAUAGGAUCUCUGGAUAAUGCACGCCAUUCUCCUAAGGGUGGAAAUGUAAAGAUAAUGAAUCAAUCCACUGACUACUCAAAGACGGUGAAAAGCAAAAUAGGGUCGCUUGACAAUGCAACACAUUCUCCAGGAGGAGGAAAAGUAAAGAUUGAAAACAAGAAGGUAGACUUUGGCAAGAAGGUGACCUCAAAGAUCGGUUCCUUGAACAAUGCCACGCAUAAACCUGGAGGAGGAAACGUAAAGAUUGAAAAUAAGAAGCUGGAUUUCAAAGAGAAAGCAGCCUCAAAGAUUGGCUCAAAGGAUAACAUCAAACACCAGGCCGGUGGUGGACAGGUCAAGAUUGAGAACAAGAAACUGGACUUCAAGGAGAAGGCAGCGUCAAAGGUUGGCUCAAAGGAUAACAUUGAACAUAAACCAGGAGGGGGUCAAGUAAAGAUACAAGAAGAAAAACUUGAAUUUAAAUCGAAGGCAUCAAGUAAGGUUGGUUCCCUUGACAACGCCAAUCAUAAACCAGGGGGAGGUGAUGUACAGAUUCUUGAUGAGAAAGUUGAUUUCAGCGCAUCCGCUCAAAGUAAAGUUGGUUCUCUGGAUAAUGCAGACCAUCAGCCUAGGGGAGAUGUCAAGAUUUUUGAUGAAAAGCCUACAUUCCAGCACGUCUCUCCUCAAACAGAUGAUGGUAUUCAUUAAGAUCAAAGCCAGUCCUCAUAUACUCCAAUCCUAUGACUGUGACUUCCCUGAAUGGUAACCCAUUAUCCAGUGUUAAAUGAAAGAAUCCCUCAUGGGUUAGUGGACAUAGAAUCCCUGUCGACAGGGUGAACUGCACACCAGUCUUAUGAUGAUUGGAACCAGAUGGUUAUUGUAGUAAUGACAGGGUUGCAGAAGAUCUUACACUGGAACCAUUCAAGAUUCACAGAUCUGGUUUAAGUAGGUCUUGUGUGUUUUGACCAUUAGGAUGUAAACUCCUUGACCACUCACUCGGUCAUUGACUACUGCAUUCUCUGGUUUGAUACAGUUGUCAGUCGGAAGGCAACAGAUCAAUCAGUACAUCAUUCAAAUCAAAAGUUUUUUUAGAAACAAAAUUAUUCAUUCUGCCAAACUUGCCAAGUGAUUGAAACGAUGUUUGAAUUCCAGUGGGGCCAUCUUCCGGGGAUAGCAUCUCAUGAAGCUUUUUGUUCAGGAUUUUCAUGGAUCAGUCUAAUGAAAUCCUUGAAUGUAAAAACACCCAAACUUGUCAUUAUUGUCAAAAUGUAUCAUGAUGUGCUCUCCUGUACUACAUACAUGUACAUGGUAACAUUCACAGAAUCCAGCAUGGAUAUGAAAAAUUAACUUGUCUAUGUUUGGUCUGCUGGGAGCUGGAAUUCUUUACUUUUCCUUCAGAAUUUCCUUUCUGCCGAGGUCUUGUGAUCAUAGACCAAUUUGUGACCAUGUUCUUGUAGCAAAAGUUUUGUUGCUACUGUUGUCUUGAUCACACAUCCAUAAUCCUCUCAAUUUUGAAAUCAUGUUCAUUUUAAUUUGUAAUUAUGAGACAUGAUGAUUUUAAUAAAAUACAUUUAUCUAUCCAUCUAUCUAGUUUUUGUGAGCUUAUCAUCAGAACUUGAGGUUAUUUUUAGUGCACCUGUACUUUUUUUAAAGUGUAAGAUGAAUGUAUGGGCUAUUUUCUUUCAACUCAUAGAUGUAUAUGAAGGAGGUCCGUGGAAAGACUAUCCAUAGGAUGUUUGCAGUCAUUUGAUAAGGGUUUGUAAAGAGUUAGUGAGCCAUGAAACAAACCAUAGUACCAGCUGCUUUCAAUUACGAUGCAGUCACAAUUUCAUGUAAAACUUUGCUUAAAGGCAAUGGGUAAUGUCCAGGGGACCGAUUGAUUCCAUUGACCACUGUUUACAAUCAAUCAUGAAAGUCAAGCGUACGAUUAAUCGCAACCUGUGUUACGGGACCCAGUGGUUUAGCUGCUUUUCUGACCAUUGCUAUCCUUAAAAUCUAAGACCAUACUGCUCUUCUCUUUAUAUACUACAUAGGUGUUCCUUCUCAUUAUCUUGACAUUACAUAUUACAAAACAUUACUCUCUUCUUGAAUGCACUAUACAUUGCUAAGUGAACUCAGAAACUCCAUAUUUCCAUUGAUAAAUGAAAAAAAAAGGUUAACUGGACCGAUGUGGGUCUUUCGGCUACAUGAAGGUUUUACAUGAAAUUGUUGACUGGCAUUUAGGCGACUCUCUCGAGCCAUUCAAAAGGGAGUUUCAUGUACAUAAAUAUGUUUCAUUUUUGAAUGUUUGUGGAUAUAUCAUGUGAAAGUGUAUGUAUACUUCUGUGUAAAUAUGAGAAAUUAAAUCAAAGAUAAAGCAUUGAUAAUGCUAUGAUUGCGUUCACACUUUAGAUGCAUUGAAGGUUAAAUGACAUUGCAGGUUUGAGCUUGUAUUGAGUUAGAUGCAAGAGGGGAAAAUCAUGGGAAAAUUGCAAUAAAGAUUUAAUUUUGAAAUAAAAACAUCAACCAUGUUCAGCGCUUAUUGUGGUAUUCCUUGAUAUUUUUAAUAAUAAAAUCUCAUUUUAAUCUAACUUCUGAAUGCUCAGAGACAGUGUAGAGAAAUGUGAUUUUAAUGUAAUUAAUUACAGUAAUGAUUUUAUUCUGAUGAUGUAUUAAAUUAUUUAUAAUCACGGGAUAUCUGUCAACUUUUUACUGUGUUUGCACCUUUUAGCAGACUUUUUGAAGCAUGAUAUGCCAGGAUAAGCUUACAAUAUUAUGUAAUCAUGUAUAUCAAUCUCCCUAACCUGUAUGUCAUCUAUAUGGACAUGUAUCAAGGAUAAGGUAUAAGGAUGUUGAGAGUUUUUCUUUUUGCAAAACU